AAAAGUUACUCAAGUAAAUGUAACUGGUUAUUGUAACAAAACAUUUUCCAUCUUUCCAUUAAUAAUCAUAAUGCUUGGCAUAUCAUAGACGAUCUUUGAAGAGUGGGCGUUCGGUUCCUCGCUCCCUCCCUCCCUGUGUGGGUCAGCGUGGGCGGCCCCGUGUGGCAGGAGGAGAGCGAAACACGACACCCCGGCUGUGUAAGAAGGAGGAGGGGGUGCUGGAGAGAGAACACGAAGUGACUGAGUGGAAAAAGGAGAAAAAGAGGGGGCACAGAGAAAGAAGUGAGUUGGCUUCGGUACUUUUGUUCCUCCCCGAAGCGCGGCUGUUGUCAGGAAGGAAGAUGCUGCCGCUGCCCCGGAGGACUCCAACAUGCGACACCGCCGCCGCUGCUGCAGCUACAGGAGUGAAAAUUUAAACUCGCCACAUUCCGUUGCUCCAGAAGCGGCCAACGGCUGCACGGACUGACUCCUCCAAACUUUCACCAUUCAGCCGGACCGGACUGGAUUUCUCCCCCCUCCUCCCCCACAGCUCCAGAGGCUUUGGGACAACUUUGCUGAUUUAAACCAGCAACUUUCCCAGUGAAUCCGUGUGUUUUAAACUCCAUUCGGGUUCUUUUUUUUCUCGGCUCUUUUUUUGGCUAGAACAACACCGGGGUGGAAGGAGUGCGGAGCCGCUGCUAACUCAGCUAAAAGCUACCGUCUGAAGUUACCCGUCGACGGGAUUGGUGACGGAGGGAGCCGCCGAAGACUUCGACAAAGAUGAAAACCCCGGCAGACACGGGGUUUGCCUUCCCGGAGUGGGCCUACAAGCCGGAGUCGAGCCCAGGCUCCAGGCAGAUCCAGCUGUGGCACUUCAUCCUGGAGCUGCUGAGGAAGCAGGAGUACAACGACGUGAUCGCCUGGCAGGGCGACUACGGCGAGUUCGUCAUCAAGGACCCGGACGAGGUGGCCCGCCUGUGGGGGGCCCGGAAGUGCAAACCGCAGAUGAACUAUGACAAGCUGAGUCGGGCUCUGAGAUACUACUAUAACAAGCGGAUCCUCCACAAGACCAAAGGGAAGAGGUUCACCUACAAGUUCAACUUCAACAAACUGGUGCUCGUCAAUUACCCCUUCAUCGACAUGGGCUCUGGUCGAGUCCCUCAGAGCGCGCCCCCCGUCCCGACCGGAGGAACACAUUUCCGCUUCCCGCCCUCCACCCCGUCGGAGGUUCUGUCCUCCAGCGAGGAGCUGCGCAGCCCCGGCGUGUUCAGCACCGUGGCGCGCCGCAUGGCCCGCGGCUCCGUCAGCGACUGCAGCGACGGCACCUCCACCAACUCCGAGCUAGAGGAGGCAGCGGCGGCAGACGAGCGCGCCAUCGGGCCCGACCGGGCCUUCCGGGGGCUCCUCGCCCCCCGCCUGCCUCACGAGUCCCUGUUCAGGUUCUACGGGGGUCACCCGACCCCAGCGGGGUUACCCAGGCCCGCGCACAGGGUCCACCCCGACCCUCUGUCCCCGUUCCCCGUGUCCCCGCUGCCCGGGCCCGGAGGGCUGCUGUCCCCCGCCCUGUCCAUGACCCCCACCCCCCACCUGCACCACCUGCAGGCCCCGCCCAUGCCGCUGCCGCUCGGCCAGCAGCCGGCCGACGACGCGCACGCCUCGCCGUUCAAGUUCAAGCUGCAGCCGCCGCCGCUCGGCCGCAAGCAGAGGGAGGCGGGGAGCUCUCUGGCCGCCGCCGCCUCCUCCUCCAACCACGCUUCCUCGUUUACCGGCGCCGGUCCAAACGCCGGGUCUGCUGCGGGAGGAGCGCCGCCGAAGAUCAAGGUGGAGCCGGUCUCCGACCUGUCCGAGGAAGACGUGGAGGUGACCGACAUCAGCGAGGAAGACGAGCUGAACCCCAACAGCGAGGAUGAGGAGGGUGCCAUGUUCCCUCCUCUUCCUCACAGCCGUCGUCAUCAUCAUCACCACCUGAAGAACGGGAGCGGCAGCAGCCCGUCCGCUCCUCAUCCAGAGGAAGACCCUGACGAUGACGAAGAGGUGUUCAAAACUCCCGCCACUCCGCCUCCCGGCGGCGGCGCCGCCUUCCCGCUGAUGGGCCUGAAGACCGAGCCGGGCCAGGCGGCGCCGGCGCCCGUCAGUCCCGGAGGAACCCGCUGCAUCCCGCUCAAACUGCGCUUCAAACGCCGCUGGAGCGAAGACCAGCGGAUGGAGGCGGACGGAGACCGGGAAGAAGCGGAGGACAAGAAAGUGAGAGGAGAGGGGGAGGAGCAGGAAGACGGGAAGAGAGAGGGAGAGGAGGAGAGCCGAGGAGGAAGAGGAGUGAUCCUGGGCCUGAUGCUGCCGCCGGCGCCGACCCAACGCAGAGCGAGCUCCGAGCUGCAGAGAGCUACGGCGCAGCUGUCGCUGGAAAACGCCGGCUGCUGAAAAACAAACCCACCAUGGCGGGUUCUGCAGAACCAGACGUUCGGACCGAUCUGAAAGCCUGGCGUUGGUAAACGUAGCAGGUUUCAUAUCAUGUUUUACAAAACCAGAACCAGCUGCUUUGUUCUUUGCUUUUAUCUGAACUCGUUUGGGUCGUUUGCAGGAAGAUUCGUGCAAUAAUUCACAAAUUCUGGCCUCAGUUAGCUAAAUCAGGUGUCCAAAGUGUGGCCCGUGGGCCGUUUGUGGCACUCAAAGUGAUUCUGUGUGGCCCGCAGCCAAAAUACAAAAAAUCGCACAAACUUGAUAUUCCAGCUCAGUGUUGGGGGUUCAUGCAGUUAAACAAAUAAUUUUUUAAAAGAUAUUAAAGUCUCCUAGAUAUGGAAUGUGCAACACAAAGAAUGCAUUUAAUUAAAUUUAUGGUAAACAGAACCACAAAUAUUUAGUGAUUUUUACUGAAAUGCAAACAUUUUUAAAGAAUGAGCAACAGCAACCUGUUUUAUGUUUUUGUUGCUCAGAAUAAACAACAAAUCCAAAGAUAAGAAAAAAACAAUCAUUUAAAAUUUUAUUUUUUUAAACAAAUUUCAUGUUUCAGAUAUACAAUAAGUUACAUCUCCCUCUUCUAUUAAAUCAGACAUCUUGAUUUUAAUAACUUUUAUGCUCACUGCAGAAAUACAAAAUCUGGCCACAGAUAAAAAUUAAACAUUUAGCAGUUUUUAAAAUAAUUCUAAUUUAAAAUGUUUUAAAACUCGAUCUCAUGGCCCUCAAGUACUUUUAAACUUGACAGUUUAGGUAAAAAGCUUUUAACUGAGCUAAAUGAACAAAUCAUCUUCCUCCGUGUGACGCAGCGACCGGUUCGGAGAAAAGCAGGGAACAAAACGAGCUGUUCACGUAGAAAUCAUGGUGUUUGCCUGGCGACUCCAGCCGGACCGGCUCUGGGACGCAUCAUCACGUCUUUAACACUAAAACUCAGACUUUAACCCGGCUACAGAGUUGCCUCGGUCCACUUCUGAUCACAAUCGUGCCCAAAUCCAGUCGAUAAAUGUUGGGCGGAGGCGACCGGACGUUGGGAGUCGCCUCCGGUUCUUGUUUGUUUCUCCUUUAACCCAACAUGGAGCCGACAGAUCCUGAUGUUACUGAAGAAUCAGCCGCCUGUACAGAGAUUCUAGAAGUGCCUGGAAGACGCCCCGUCACUACAGAGUAUAAAUGCAGAAGAAGAAGAAGACGCAUCGAUUGGUUUGGUCUGGAAGAGACUCUAUCGCCGACGGGGGCAUUUUCAGCGUUGUUGCCUUCAACCUUACCCAUCAUCAGCUUCUUCUAUCUUUUUUUAUAUAUAUAUAAACAUAUAUAUAAAAUAAAAAGACUUAUUUUUUCCUCUGGAUUUAAAUGGACAGUAUUUUUCGGGCAUUUGCAGAGACGAUAAACUGAUUAGUGUCUUUUGGGGGAGGGAGGGAAACAUAAUGAAUGUGGAGCAUCAAGGCUAACUCAGGCAAACCUUCACUGAGAUAUGAAAAAAAAAGUAUAUUUUUAACAUAUAAAAAGAGAUUGUGCCCAUUUUAUCAAUCAGAUUUAAAAGAGAUUGUGCCUUUUUGUCAGUUUUCUCCCCCAGGAACAUGUAUUAUCUCUCAGAAAACCACCAUGCCUUUGGCUUUUUGUAAAACUAAACAUAUAUAUUUUAUUCAAAUAUAUAUUAGAAUCAGAUAUUCUAUUUCAAUAUGGUCAUUUGAUACGAAUUAGCUAAAUCCUCCUAUUUUUAAUAGCAAAGAUGUGUAUAUAAAUAUAUAUUCUGAUGCAGCUGCGGCGACCCAGAUCCGGCGGCUCGCUCUGAUUGGAUGGUCGGGACUUUGGUUUGAGACUCGAGCAGCUACAACACACAGCGUCCUGGUUAGUGCGGUUACAAUAAAGGGAAACAUGACAUCACAUCUGACAUUAGACGCCUCCGCAGUCGCAGAAACUACACCCAAACACACACACACACACACACACACAGAGGAAACCUCAGAGCGACAAGGGACUUCCCAUAAUCCCUCAUUCUGCAUGUGUACGCGCUCUGUGGUUACCCCGUCUACAAACAUCCAGCUUUUUUGUGAGAAAGGCUCAACAUUUGUCAUUUUUAAAUAGUUCGUCGCCUCAUUCCUGAUUCACCAAACCGUUCGGAGACGUUUUCGGGACUAAACCACCUGAACUGUUAGACCUGUGCUGCCUUACAGCCUCUUCUCUUUCCUCCAUGCGUUACUGUUACUCCUGUAAUGAUUUAUAUUAUUAACAUGACUACUUUAUGAUUAUGUCGUACCCCCGUGCCGCGGCCCAACCUCUUCCCCAUUAAUUCCCAGUUUAUGAGUUCUUGUACUGGUUUGCACUCUUUCUACCCGCAGACAGCAGCAGGAGGGUUGGAUAAAACUCAUAUACAGCAGGGGGAAGAAGUCUUUUUAAUUUUUUUUUUAGUUUGUAUAUAUAUUUUUCAUUAUGGUGGAUUCUGUAAGGACACAAAACGAGUGUUGUACUGUUUAACAUUUUUAACAUUUGUAUUAUUUGACACCUUUUUUCUUAUCCUCUCCGUCUCUCCUCCCAUGUUCUUGUUAUUUUCACUCCGGAGGAGAGGCGGAGCUUUUUAUUUUAUCAUGCUUCUGUUUCCAUUCUGUAUCUGUUCAUCUGCAUUUGUAAUUAAACAAUAAUCAGGGUUCAUUAAAAAGGUGAAAAUGGUC